UUAUUCUCAUUUAUUCACCUAUUCCCAAAAUUUUAUUUUUAAGAUGAUCUUUCCUCCUAUACUGACACCUUUUACUGAUCUUGAUCAACUUAUGAGGCCACAUCUUCCUAGUACAUGUACUAUAUUCGAGAUACAAAUGGCAAAAUGUCUGAAAGCUUAUGGACCAAUGAAUAUGCAUGCCAAAUGUUGGGAAGAAUAUGAAGAUCUGCAAGAAUGUCGUUAUGGUGCUAAACAUCUUAAAAGAUAUCAAACUCUCAGGAUUGAAAGAUUAAAGGCCAUAUGCAAAGGAGAAAAAGACAAAUAUAUACCUGAUCCUCCAGCCCAUUCUUAUUCUAAUGUUACUCCACAUUUCAUUGUUGAUUAAUUUAUAUAUUUCAUAUUUACUUUAUGGAAUUUAUUUAUAUUAAUUAAUUUUCAAGGUCUAAUAUAUUUUUAAGUUACAUGGCAUUAAUCUAUAAUGACCAAAUAAAUAAAGGUGUCAUCAAUAUCACUGAUAAUAAUUACAAUAGAUAUAUUAAGAAGGGAAAGCCAUUGAGUUCCUUGGAAACUUUUACAAUCAUUUCAUGUAAAUUUUACUUGUAAAAUUAUUUAUAAUAAAAUUUGAUUUGAAUUUUAAAUGAUUUUUUCUUUUUUGUUAAUAAACAGUUUAUUAA